UGUCAGUCCACGCAAAUGGGAUGGUCGAGGUGACGGGAUCGGAUGCUCACGUCUGGUUUGGAGGGAUUGAUUGCACUUUGGCGGGCAAUCCAGCCGGAGGAGGUCGCGUGGAAGUUGCCGCCAUUGUCAUGCACUGGAUAUAUCGGUGUGCAGAUUGGGCAGAGGUUUGAGAUUCGACGGCGAAGGUGACUUGCUGGGAUGUUGUCCGUCGCGUGGAGGUUCGGUCGCCCGUUCAGUCCUUCAGUUCCUGGACGCAACUUUUUUUGGCGUGUGGUGGUACGUGCCACCUCAGCCUUGCCAACCCCGCCGUCUCAUAGACCUAGCCUCCAACCCAAAGGGCAUUACUCCGCAUUACGCAAGUCUUCCACAACCGACCUACCUAGGUACCUGUGUGAAUAACUCCAUUUCUCUGAAAUUCGAGCGAUAGUAGAGAGCUACUCCUAUCGCAACUUCUUCAUCGCCAAAAUGCCGCAGUCCGAAGUCCACCACCUCUUCCACAACCCCAUCGCCGACCACUCCUUCUCUGCCGAUCGCAAGACCCUCGCCAUUGCUCGCGACUCAACAGUUGAACUGUAUGGCCGGGUUGGAAAUGCCUUCAAGCUCAAGGACCAACUCAAAGGCCAUGACAAGACUGUAACCAGUGUCGAUAUUGCCCCCAGUUCCGGGCGCAUUGUGACAUGCUCGCAAGACCGGAACGCAUUGGUCUGGGAACCCUCGCCUCAGGGCUACAAACCAACCCUCGUCCUCCUCCGAAUCAAUCGGGCCGCCACAUUCGUGCGCUGGUCUCCAUCGGAGGCCAAGUUUGCCGUCGGCUCUGGCGACAGGGUUAUCGCCGUCUGCUACUUCGAGGACGAGAACGAUUGGUGGGUCUCCAAGCACUUGAAGAAGCCUAUCAAGAGCACUAUCACCACGGUGGCCUGGCAUCCGAACUCGGUCCUCCUUGCCGCUGGCUCUACGGACGCCCAUGCGAGAGUCUUCUCCAGCUUCAUUAAGGGGGUCGACUCUAGGCCGGAUCCUGGAGUCUGGGGUGAGAGGCUCCCGUUCAACACCGUGUGUGGCGAGUACUUGAAUAACUCGGCUGGCUGGGUUCAUGCCGUGUCAUUCUCUCCGAGCGGCGAUGCCUUGGCCUUUGCUGCCCACGAUAGCAGCAUUACAGUUGUCUAUCCCAACGGCCCCGAUCAGCCCCCUAGGGCGAUCAUAAGCAUCAGCACCCAGCUUCUGCCUUUCAUGAGCCUCAUCUGGAAUGGAGAGGCUGAGAUCAUUGCUGCCGGCUACGAUUGUGAGGCAUUCCGCUUCCAAGGCGGACCGGGAGGCUGGCAGCUGAGUGGAACCCUGGAAUCCAAGGGAAGACCAGGGUUGGGCGAUGCUCGCGAAGAGUCGGCCUUCAACAUGUUCAAGCAGAUGGACCUCAAGGGCAAGACCAAGGAUGAUACCCAACUCAAAACUGUCCACCAAAACACAAUCACAAUGAUCCGGCCUUACGAAUAUUCCCGUGACUCUGUCACCAAGUUCAGCUCAAGCGGUGUGGAUGGAAGGCUCGUCGUUUGGGACACAUAGACAAGCCAUAGAACCCGAUACAAUGAAUAAUCAGAGUGAUUCUGGUAUCUGAAACAGCCAUGAUCAUACCUACAACGUCUUGAUUCGUCUUUCCCUGCAAGUUUGAAGCUCUGGUCCCUAACAAUAGCGUGUCAUCGAUGGAUGGAAGCGUCUGGCUGACACCGUCAACAGCCAUUGUCCUUGGGACUGCUUAAAUACACCCAUAUGUAAUGUCCCCUAGAAAUGGGAUUCCUCGCCCAACACGACCUUGAUCCCCGAUUUCACACAAACAUUGGCUGUCAGAUCCCAAUGUCCUCUCCUGAAUCUCCGA